UUUCAGCAGCAGUAACAGUUAGUCCACCACCUCGGUAGCUUGCUAGCCAAAAUAGCUGAACCAAUAAAGCUCUUUAGACGCUUUCGUUUUUAUUAGCCACUGUGUUUUAAACCCUCUUCUGGCGUCUAGUUAGUUAUCCUAUUUCAUUUCAUAUUUACGGUGUUGUUGUUAUUAUUCAGCUGGCGGGCUGGUGAAUAAGUUAGCAUUAGCCUAGCUAGCUAGCAUCUCCGACCAUGAGUUCAUUAAACUACUCUCCUCCUGCUAUAGAAGAGGGGGUCUGCUGGACGGAGAAAGAAGCUCUCGUCAAAGAGGAGGAGGAAGAGAAGGAUGUCACAAUACAAAAACAAGUAGAGGGUGAGGCUGUUACAGGGAAAGAAGAAGAGAAAGACGUUACUGUGAAAGAAGAGGCGUUCAGAGUGAAAGAGGAGGAGGUUACAGUAAAAGAUGAGGAUUCAGUUUUUGAAGUGAAGGAGGAGGAGGGGGAGAUUACUGUCACAUCGGAAGAGGAAGAAGAGGAGGAAACUGGAUAUCUGGGCCCGAUUUCCCAAACGCAAUUUAAGGCAUCCAGUGGUUCUAACGAUGAACUUAGCCAUAAGAUGGUUUUGAGAAACCGGGCCGUGAUUACCACUGGUGAAAGACGGGACUAUCGUGGAUCCUCUGUGGAGCCUCAACAACAUCAUGAUGCUGACGAGGCAGAGAAGAGUCUCUCCAGAUCAGAACUCCUCAAGAAACACCAGCGAGUACACACAGGAGAGAAAUCUUACUGCUGCUCUGACUGUGGGAAAAGAUUAAAUUCUUCAGUAGGCCUUAAAAUACAUCAAAUAAUUCACACUGGAGAGAAACCUUAUGGCUGUGAUCAAUGUGGGAAGAGUUUUAUUUGGCUACAAACCCUGAAAUCACACCAGAGAAUACACACUGGAGAGAAACCUUUUAGCUGUGAUCAAUGUGGGAAAAGUUUUACUACAUCUAGCUAUCUAACUAUACACAAGAGAACACACUCAGGAGAGAAACCAUACAGCUGUAAUCAAUGUGGGAAGAGUUUUACUCAGCUAAACAGCCUGACAGUACACCAGCGGACACACACAGGAGAGAAACCUUAUAGCUGUGAUCAAUGUGAGAAGAGUUUUACUACAUCUUGCCAGCUGACUUUACACCAGAGAACACACACAGGAGAGAAACCUUAUAGCUGUGAUCAAUGUGAGAAGAAUUUUACUACAUCUUGCCAGCUGACUGUACACCAGAGAACACACACAGGAGAGAAAUCUUAUGGCUGUGAUCAAUGUGGGAAGAGUUUUAUUCAGCUACAAACCCUGAAAUCACACCAGAGAAUACACACUGGAGAGAAACCUUAUAGCUGUGAUCAAUGUAGGAAGAGUUUUCCUCAGCUUAACAGCCUGAGAGUACACCAGAGGACACACACAGGAGAGAAAUCUUUUAGCUGUGAUCAAUGUGGGAAGAGUUUUACAACAUCUAGCUAUCUAACUAUACACAAGAGAACACACUCAGGAGAGAAACCAUAUGGCUGUAAUCAAUGUGGGAAGAGUUUUACUCAGCAAAACAACCUGAUAGUACACCAGAGGACACACACAGGAGAGAAACCUUAUGGCUGUGAUCAAUGUGGGAAAAGUUGUACUACAUCUAGCAAUCUAACUAUACACCAGAGAACACACACAGGAGAAAAACCUUAUGGCUGUAAUCAAUGUGGGAAGAGUUUUACUACAUCUAGCUAUCUAACUAUACACCAGAGAACACACUCAGGAGAGAAACCUUAUAGCUGUGAUUAAUGUGAGAAGAGUUUUACUACAUCUAGCUCUCUGACUAUACACCAGAGAGAAACCCUAUAGCUGUGGUCAAUGUGGGACGAGUUUGGCUGCAUCUAGCAAUCUGACUCUACACCAGAGAACACACACGGGAGAGAAAACUUAUAGCUGUGAUGAAUGUGGAAAGAGUUUUACCUCAUCUAACCAUCUUAUUGUACACCAGAGAACACACACAGGAGAGAAACGUCAUAGCUGUGAUCAAUGUGACAAGAGAUACUCAAUACAUGAAGGAGUUGUUUCAUGAUAUCAAUGAAAUAUCCCACUUAGCAAAAUGUAAUUGAAAAGAUGUUGAAAAUAAGACUAAGUCCGAAGUCCAAUAUACAUUGUUUGAAAGUGAAAGUUAAGAAGAUGUUUUUCUGGUCGUUUAACUUAAUUUCAAAGUACUUGCAGCCUAAACACGUGGACGCAGUAUAAUAAAUUAGUCUAUAAUCAGUUUUAUUUACAAUCUUACAUCACUCCAGUAUUUCUUGACAACAUUCAAAUGCUAAUUGUCUUUAUUUCACUACUGAAGAAGCAUGACUCAAAUCGCCUCAUAUUUCAUACAUCCAGCCUGACAAAAGAUACACGUUUUAUUAUACCUUAUUUCACCACUAAGUUAAUUAUUGCCAAUAUAUAUUAACAAAGGGGUGUACAUUUAGUUUUGAUAUUUCAUAUUUACAAUUAUGUAACAUUUAAUUAUUGCCAAUACAUAUUAACAAAGGGGUGAACAUUUGGUUUUGAUCAUUCAUAUUUACAAUUCAUGUAACAUUUAGUAAUCAUAAUUAUUUAUGCAACCAACUGACAAUUUUUGGUUAUUGACAUUGUCAGUAACAUAUUGACAUUGUUGCCCUUCUUUUAAAAUAGUUGAUUCUCAGAUGUGCCAACCCAAAUAUACUAGAGCAUGACAUUGGGGACUGGGCCCUGAUCCAACAACAUGCCUAUUGAGUGAACCCUGAAAAGAGAGAAGCUCCGCAGUGAGGUGGAAAGUUACUACGGAUAUUAAGGAGCUAGUUCUAGAAGCUAGUGAGUUUUAGGAGGACGAGAGUUCUAGAAGCUAGUGAGUUUUAGGAUUCUAUAGAAAGAAAAAGGAGAAAAGAUACAAUUGUAAAUUAUUAUUUAGAAAUGUGUUUAUUCUUGUUUUUAAUUGUUGAUAACCAGUAGACAACAUGUUUAUAUUGUGGAAGGUGAAGCAUUGUAGUUGAUUAUAAUGUGAAAUUGAAGUUUUCUGUUGGUGAUGAGCAAACUUGUCCAUCAGAAAUAUAUGAUAUAUUUGUUUUCUUAAGGGGGAAGGUGUUACAGGCUUUGGUUUUUCCAUUUAUGUUUUGAGGUUGGACUUUAGCACGUCUAGCUCGUUAGCACGUCUAGCUCGUUAGCACGUCUAGCUCGUUAGCACGUCUAGCUCGUUAGCACGUCUAGCUCGUUAGCACGUCUAGCUCGUUAGCACGUCUAGCUCGUUAGCAUGUAGGGCGCACUGAUUGGUGUCACCUCGUUAGUCAGUAUGUGUUACACCUGUGCUGGCUUGUCCAUCUCGUUAGUGGGAAUGUGUUUCACCUGAGCUGGUCCAGGUUCUAUUUAAGAGUGUCUGGUCCAGUGCUCCAGUUGUCUUGAUAGAUGUGGAGAGUCAACACCUUUAGUUGCUCCACCUUUUUGGUUUGCUUCCUGUCUGUAAGUUUGGUGUGGGUUUUUCUUUUGUUUGCUACUUGGGCAGAUUUAGUGGGUCUUAUGGUGGGUUUCUUUUAGGUCCCAGUUGUUGUUACUAGUCAACUUCUAGUGGACACCCCCAUAGUGUCUUUCAGAGCACCUCCUAAAAAACAAGCUUAUAUUUCGGGUUGGAUAUUGCAUCCAAUUACUAUUUUAAUCAAUGGAAUUUCCUUAAUGUUCAUUAGUCUUUCAGUUGUUAGUCUUCUGUUUGUUGUGUACCAAAUAUUUCUGUUUAUUUUCAUUUUUUCCCCCUGUGAAGCCAUUGUGUUGCAUCCAUGUCUGAAAUGUGCUGUAUAAAUAAAGCUUGAUUUGAUUUCAACAAAUUAACCCAAUGACCAAUCAACAGACUCUUGGUCCCUCUUAGUAUGAAAAACAGUAUCACUUUUCCAGCCUGCUGAAGGCCUGGUAAAAUGGUGAACACCACCCCCGGCUCUACCAGGGGCUUGAGGUGGUCUCCCACAGCUCUGCUGGUGGAGUGGUAAACACCACCCCCAGCCCUACCAGGGGCUUGAGGUGGUCUCCCACAGCUCUGCUGGUGGAGUGGUAAACACCACCCCCGACUCUACCAGGGGCUUGAGGUGGUCUCCCACAGCUCUGCUUAUGUCAUGUUCUGUGGCCUUGCCGUUCCAUUUAUUGACUGCCCCUGCAACACAGAAAUAAACACAUUUAGUCAUAUUAUAUAAAACACUCAAAGUAAUGGAUAUGGAGCAUCUAUGGCCUCAGUUACACCUGGCACCUAAUUGUGACUUCUGUCAUCUGAUCACUCCAAGCUGCAUUUGGUUCAGAUCUACCAGGAUGGGCAUUGUGUUUGGAAUUUGAGUCUGGCCACUGAAUAUAAAUGAGCAAUGUAAAGAGAUGGGGUGAAUGAGUGGGGAAAAGUACAUUUGACACAAAUUACCUAUAUAAUAUCAAAUAAAUGUGUGUGCCUGAGGGGAAAUUAGCUUUCAUACAGCCAAAAGGGGUGUGAAAUUACACCAAUAUCAGUGGACAAUUUGCACGAAUGUAAAUAAACAUAGAUGAUGGAACAUUUUCCCUUUUGCUGACGUGUUGAACCGCUAAGGGGACAUAAAUAUUUACCAUCUAAACCAUGUGUGACCUCUCACCUCUCUGGCUGUAAAAGUGUUCUUCCUAACCAGUCCCUCAACAGCUCUCUGACUGAGCUAACAUUAGCCAGCUAGCUGACUAGCUAACAUUAGUCAGCUAGCAGGCUAGCUAACAUUAGCCAGCUAGCUGACUAGCUAACAUUAGCCAGAUAGCUGACUAGCUUUAUGGGUGUUGUGACAUGAGUAUGAAAUUGUCAUUUUGGUUAUUUUAGGGACUCCUGAAACAACCAGCAAACCAGGCUGUCGUUUUGUGAAACAGUGGAUGUAUAGAAUCUAUCUAGCUGAAGAAUUUACUGCAAAUUGAAUGUACAAUUUUGUAAGCUUGCCUUGCUGAUAUUUGCCAUGCAGAUAGAUGAAAUCACGUAGAUUGCUUUGUUCUUGCUUAUUGUGCAGUGGAUGAUUCAAAUCCCUGUAUGCCCAUGGAUGUGUAGCUAGCUAUCUAGCCAAUCUGUGUAUGGACCCAACCGUUUGGUAUACAUAUUAGUUCAGAAUCUAGCUAUGAACCUCAGCUAUCAUAGCCAGUUGUAUCAACUUCAAAACAGCCUGAAUGACAUUAAUGAAGCCUAUGGAUUGAGUAGAAUAUAAUAUCAUGUUGUACCAAGGAUGCAAGUGGUAUAUACAUGUAGUUAUUACCAUGCAUGAGAUUCCCACAUUGUAGUCUGUACAUUUAAUAGAUUCACUGAUCAUGUACUGUACCUUGGCAAAUAAAUGUGCAGUUUAGUUA